AACAAAAUGGCAGCGCCCUGCGUGUCUCUCAUGCAGCUGGGCUGAAGCUGUAAAGAAGACGAGGAGAAAUGCGUUAUCUGCUUUAACUACAGUGUCGGUUGUUUUAUGCUCCAAACAGUCAUGGCAGCUCCCGGAAAGCUGACUAAAAAGGAAAUCAAAAAGCAGACUCCAGCCAAGACCUCCUUCACCUCACCCUUUGCCUCAAAAUGGAGCCCACUCCCCCAAGAGGACAUGCACUUCAUCCUGAAAACUCUGAAGGACAAGUUGAUCUCAAUGGGUCUGGAGAAAAAAGAAGUGAAAGUGUUUCGCACAUGGAGGAAAAAGAAAGGCAAAAAACCUGAUGUCGCACCAGAACCUGUUCCCCAGGUGAGCGAUUCCUCCAAAAACGGCUGGACAGAUGUGGCAGCCAGACGGCAGCUGGCCAUUGGCAUCAACGAGGUGACCAAGGCUCUGGAGAGAAACGAACUCAGACUGCUGCUCGUGUGCAAGUCUGUCAAACCGAAACACAUGACCAAUCACCUGAUCGCUCUGAGCACCACCAGAGGAGUGCCGGCCUGCCAGGUGCCUCGCCUGAGCCAGAGCGUGUCGGAGCCGCUGGGGCUGAAAAGCGUGCUCGCCCUAGGGUUCAGACGGUGCUCCUCCAGUGACGAUGGGGUGUUUACCGACACUGUCGAUGCCAUUAAGCCCAGAGUGCCUACAUUGGACAUGGCAUGGCUGCAAGGUGCUAAACCUGAAGAACCUGUUGCCAUGGAGGAGGAGGAAGGUGGUGAAAGAAGGGGACAAAAAAGGAAACUGGAAAGUGAAUCUGAGGAGGUGUCAGAGUCUCCCUCUUCCUGCACUCUGCAGCCGCUCCAGGUGAAGAGAAUCGUUGCUAACCCUGCAAAGAAAAAGAAAGGGAAGCCGAAGAAAUAGCUGUAAAGUGAAGGAGAAACUUUGAACAGUGCUUGCAGCCUCAGUCUGGACAUUACUUAUGUGAAUACUUUAUAUAAAGAAUUUCUGGAAGCGUAAAGAGAAAAAAAACUUUUCGGGAACAAGGUUUAGACUUUUCUCUCAAGUAUUUUUUUUAUCUGGGGAACCCUCAGACCUUCAGGUUUGCAUUCAUUGUUUCAGCAGAUUAGUAGCAUUGCAUUUGGUUUCAUGCAUAUUUAUACAAUUGAAUAUGGUCUGACUGAAGUUUGAAUUUCAAUUUGUCCAUAAUUAAAGCUGGUCUGCACACAUUGUUUUUUAUAAAGACAAUUAAGUUUUUCCUGGUA